UGGGUAAUGAUUUUGUUAGGUGGUAGUACUAGUGUGAUAUUUGUUGCUGCUAUGCCUGAGCCCACGAAGUCCGCCCCCGCCCCGAAGAAGGGCUCCAAGAAGGCGGUGACCAAGGCGCAGAAGAAGGAUGGCAAGAAGCGCAAGCGCAGCCGCAAGGAGAGCUACUCGGUGUACGUGUACAAGGUGCUGAAGCAGGUGCACCCCGACACCGGCAUCUCGUCCAAGGCCAUGGGCAUCAUGAACUCGUUCGUCAACGACAUCUUCGAGCGCAUCGCGGGCGAGGCGUCGCGCCUGGCGCAUUACAACAAGCGCUCGACCAUCACGUCCCGGGAGAUCCAGACGGCCGUGCGCCUGCUGCUGCCCGGGGAGCUGGCCAAGCACGCCGUGUCCGAGGGCACCAAGGCCGUCACCAAGUACACCAGCUCCAAGUAGACUCGCAAGGCAGAGAUGAAUGCAGAGAAGAAAACAAUGCAAACAGUAACUGAAAAUGUGAAUCAUCCCAUAGAAGUUAUGAAAUAACGAAAAAUCUGAUCUACCUGAGAAUAUGAUCUACCUGAGAAUAUAAUUAGUGUUUAUCCCACACAAAUCCAGCCCAUCCUGAUUUCUGCAUACUAAUUCAUCAAAAGAUCAUUACCUGAGUGGAGGAGCCCAAACAAGGUGUUUUAGCUUUCUCAUUUUAUUUUUUGUUUCAAUUAUAAAAAAUGGAAUUUACUUGUUAGCCUACCUACUGGGAAUUCAUUAUUUCCCACGGACUACCUUUGUUUAGAGAAGUCUGAAUGAGAGGAUGCCAAGACGUCUGUAAAUGAGAUGUUAUGAUUAAUAAAAUUUGUGGAGAACUAGAA